AGUCCCACCCAUCUUCGGACGAGAAGGUAGGCGAGGGAUGGGUUGGAGAGAGAUACCGAACGAGGUAGUUAGCGAGUUAGAAAGAUAGAGGGAAGAGGGGACAGACAUAAAAAAAACAGUUUUAUAGAACGAGGAAACAUACAUUGGUGCAUGAGCAUCAGAGUGCAAUUAAAAAUUAAGCGGGGGGUUUUGUGUUUCAUGUUCGUCAGCUCUUGCUGGUGAAGUAAGGCUAACUCGCUCCCCUCUGUGUGGGAUCUACCUCCUCCCAUCCCUGCCAAAGCUGCCACCUUGCCAUCAUGCCGUUCUUCGGGAAGUCGCAGAAGAGCCCUGCGGAAAUAGUCAAAAGCUUGAAGGAGAACGUGGCGUAUUUGGAAAAGCUGGAGGCAACUGAGAGUAAGAAGUGUGAAAAGAUAACGGAGGAGGUGUCAAAGAGCCUGGCCUCCCUGAAGGAGGUGCUGUGUGGCACCAGCGAGAAGGAGCCGCAGACAGAGACCGUGGCACAGCUGGCCCAGGAGCUGUACAACACCAACCUGCUCAUCGCCCUCAUUGCCAACCUGCAGAGGAUCGACUUCGAGGGGAAGAAGGACGUGGUACAGCUGUUCAGCAACAUUGUGCGGCGUCAGAUCGGUACACGCACCCCGACUGUGGAGUACAUCUCCUCACACCCACAGAUCCUCUUCAUGCUGCUGAAAGGGUAUGAAAGCGCAGAGGUGGCCCUGAACUGCGGCAUGAUGCUUCGGGAGUGUCUGCGACACGAGCCCCUCGCUCGCAUCGUGCUCUUCUCCGAGGAAUUCUUCUGCUUCUUCCACUUCGUGGAGCUCUCCACCUUCGACAUCGCCUCUGACGCCUUCGCCUCCUUCAAGGAUCUACUUACAAGACACAAGAUAAUGUGUGCCGAUUUCCUGGAGACAAAUUACGACAGAGUGUUUACAGAAUAUGAGAAGCUUCUGCAUUCAGAUAAUUAUGUCACCAAACGUCAGUCUUUAAAGCUCCUGGGGGAGCUGCUCUUGGACAGACACAAUUUCACGGUCAUGACCAAGUAUAUCAGCCGUGCAGAGAACCUGAAGCUAAUGAUGAACAUGCUGAGAGACAACAGUCGCAACAUCCAGUUUGAGGCCUUCCAUGUCUUCAAGGUGUUUGUUGCCAACCCUAACAAGACUCAGCCAGUGCUGGACAUCCUGCUGAAGAACCAGGCCAAGCUGGUGGAGUUCCUGAGCCACUUCCAGACAGACCGGUCUGAGGACGAGCAGUUUUGUGAUGAGAAGAACUACCUGAUCAAGCAAAUCAGAGACCUCAAGAGGCCCACAACCCAGGGAGAGGCUUAGGAGGAGGGGCCAAAUGGGGAGGGGCCAAGCAUGAUUGGCAGAGAGAGGUGGCAAUACCGGAUGGGGUGGGGGGGGGGAAGGUUAUGAAAGGGGCUGAACAGGAAUAUGUGUGGGGGUGUGGUUAGGAGAUGGGGUGCUGAGCAAUUUGGGGUGGAUGUGGAAAUACGGCUGGGAGAGAUGGUAGCUCUCCUACUCUUCACCUUCAUCGUAGGAUUCCCACACAGAGGGAAUGAUCAAGGAGAGGAUUUCACAAGAUCAGUUCAUACCUCCUGCCCAUGCUUGUACCCCUAGUGAUCUAGAAUGGGUGAUUUUUGGUCAGGUAAAUGGACCCGUUUAGACUAUGUUUUAACUGAGUUUUUGAUCUACAUUUCGCCAAAUCCUGCUUCAGCAAAAGGUGCAAUCCAGUGCUGCAUUUCUCUUGACAUCACCAAAUGUACCCUUGAGAUGUUUCUGGUGAGAACACAUUCCAUUCCACUUCAGCUGUAUCUACUGAUUCCAAGAGAACUUUCUCUUUAUGUUACCAUCAACAACCACUCACUGAGGUGUGGUAGUGUCUCAGAUCUCUUUUACACUGCCUCCAAACAUGUUGUGGAAGUCCCUCAUAAACUGCACAUUGAACAAGAUAUUCCUCUUUAGAAUAUUAUAACCUUUAGUGGAAUGUGCCUUUUGCUGAAUCUAAAGUUGACUAAGGAGUCUGCUGAUGCCCCCUGAAUGGGGCCUAAAGCACCUCUUUGGCAUUGCCAGGGCAAAGACGAGACACUGCAGGUUUUUACCCUGUCAUAAGAGGCUUAUUGUUCAUGCGGUUCAUAAUUUUGUGCUCUGGCUUAAGACACACUGUGAAAUAACUCCAUAAGCUCUGCGCACAUUCAGCUUUCAUUUGAACGUGUUAUAUAUUUGCUCUCAUUCUCACAUUCUGCUAUUUAUGUACAAUAAUUGUACAAUGUGCCUCAAACCCAUGGCCAUUAAAAUGAAAUGCAACAGUUCCACAGGAAAAUUGAUUUGGUUAACUGUGUGUGAAGAGAGAUUGUGAGUGGAUAAGAUUAUGAAUGAGUGUUCAAAUGACAAUUACGAGCUCACCCCUGUAUGUGUGAGACUGAUUUGGAAAUCCAGGGUAAGAGAGGGGUUGGGUUACAGGGUGCAAGUAUAUGUUUUGUUUUGUUUAUUUAAAAUUGGGUUAUGUUGAUGCAGGUGUGUGCGUAAGAACUCCUCAGGAACUUUCUCUGAGCCUACACUUCUCAUAUUCUGCUAUUGAUCAGACAGUCGGUGUGCUUUAUUUAAAUGCAUUUGGUUUCAUUUGUGGUGUGCAUUAAUAAACAUUGCUUGGGAAGAGGAGUUUUUGCUUAAAACCUUUAUAAUGUUAUAGAUUAUAUGGAAUUAAAGGGAGCUGAAAUGAACAAUAGCACAGUGAUACCUAUAACUGAAUGAGUAUAUUAUAGAUCAAAAGAAAUACCAUUUAGUUUACAUUAUUAGGUAAUUACUAUAGAUUUAUAUAUAUAUUUCUAUAGACUAAAUUAUGAAUUCUAGCAAUAAUCACAGUAGUUCUUAAAGUUCUGAACCUGUAGUCAUGAUUUAUUCCCAAAUAAUACAUUGUCACCAAAAAUGGCAUUGUUACAUGCACAGUAGUUGUGCAAAAUGGCAGGACAGUUUUCACUCCUCAAAAAACAAUUCACUUCAUUAUUUAAAAUUAAUUUCUAUAGUUCAUGUUUGUAUUGGUACUUCCCUUGCAGGCUUGGCAGACAAAUGCAAACCAGGACUUGUUUAUCUUAAAUUCAAUAUUCAGGUGUAGCUUUAUUGUUUGUAUUAUAAGUGGAACCUAUGAGAUACGAACACAACGGGAACUAGGGUUGUUUGAAAGCGAUGAGAAAAUACCCCAGUUUUAUUCAUUUAAAUCUACUUGUGUGUACUCAUGUAUUCAAUUUACGGUAGCUUACAAUAUCCCUUUACAACUGGUUAAUGUUUCUAACCAAUAAAAAACAGUGGUAAUUUGAAUAUCAGUGGUAUUUGAAACAAUCUUCUUUUCUAUCAGCUUUCCAAAAUACACGUCUCCUUUUCAGUAACGCACCCACUUUGACGUUUUGUUUUCCAGUUCUUUAUAUGAAAAACUGGUGACUUUCCCCACAUUAUGCUCCUUUGUUUAAAAUACUUUUUUUUAAAUCAAUGGAAAGUGUGACAUUUGCACUUAAUUUUUGCAUCAUUGAUCGUUAUGAUCCUACUGUCAGUAGCUCUGAGGUUCGUAUCUCUGAGGGUCUACUGUAUAGCUGUAGUUGUAAAGUCCCUUUACACAUAUACCUUAUAGCUUGAGUAGUAUGUAUCCAUUCCUGACAUAUUUUGCUUUUUGGAGAGCAGAUGUAAUAGUGUACACACUGUAUGCUGGCAGAUUUCGGUCCAACAAAAGGGAUUUUUUUAGGUAAACCUGGUAAAGAAAUAUGUGGCAUCUUUUUACAAAAACAGACUGUAUGUAUGUAUUCCCUAGUAUUUAUCCUGAAAAUGCAUUAACAGUGACUGAAAUGAAAAUAAAUACAAUAAUUUGGUAAAGAUUAAAAAUGUUACACAAAAAGUGACUGUACAAUACUGCAAUUCAGGAUGAAUCUGCUGUUUUCUUUUAUGAUGCUAAAAGGAAUAAAAUGUAUUUAAAAAAACA